CUGUGUUGUACCUGACUUGUCUCUUUUAGGCACUCUAGCCUGUGUACAACGGUUUACGCCAUCCGUUUGAGGUGCCUUUCGGACGGACGUGUUCUCCGCUAUCGUGAAAAAAUGCGUUCAUGUGCAGGAAUCUAGUUGUUACAUUAGCGUAGUGGAAAACUGGCCUGAAGUUUCUUCUUGAACGUAACAGAACUUGGGAGAGGGCAGCGGCCCAGUGCUACACGGAGCUGUGGGCCAGGCGCGCCCAGCGGUCCGUCCUCGUGGAGCGGCGAGGAGGGCGUGGAGGGGCUUUCACGGGGCUUCAGCCGCAGGCGGCAGCAUGGCGCCUUGAGCGCCGGCAAUAUUUGCGGCAGCUAGGAGACGCCCUUACGGGGUCCUGACCCGCUUAGCAGUCCCGCGCGGCGUCGGGUUGGGACAACAAAAUGGGGACCGAACCCCAGUGCGGCGAGGUCCUGGACCUGGGCGUUCACGCGCAAGUCUUUGAGGUCUGCGCCGCGCCCAUCUGGAUAUAUGACAGCACAUUUAGCGUCAACAUCUGGGGCAACAAGGCGGCCUUGGAGUUGUUUGGUGUGGACGAAGCGGCCUUCACAGCUGCGCAACUAGACCAGCUCGGGCAGUUUACACCGGAACAAUUACGGCUAUGGAAAAGGCUAAACGCGCAAGUUCAUCAAGACGUUGAGAUUGAGAAGAAGGAGAUUAACGUUACAGUCACAUGCGGCGAGCCUGUUCCCGGCUUUAUGAAGCUGGAUAAGCCAAAACUCGUCAUGAGAGCAUCUUAUAAGCCCAUCCGCCUCAGGGACAGCGCGGAACGAGAGCGGGACCUCACGUUGAUACAGGUCACGGCGCAGGUUUCCCCCACAGUUGAGGACAACCAGCUGCGGCUCGUUGAGAUGUGCAACAACCAUCCCAUGUUCCAGUUCCUGUUUGACGAAAGCGGCAAGCUGCUGGCCGCGAACAAGCGGGCUUUGUGCAACAUGCGAGAACACCUUGGCUCCUGCGAGAACUACAACCUGCAGAACUACCUGGCGAUUGGGGAGUGCGACGGGAGCCUGGGACCGGACGAAAUGUACAAGGAGGCCAUGGAGGCUAUCUUUGUGCUGGAGCAACCCUGCCACCGCUUUCCCCAGCUCAGAUGGAGCAAGCGGCACCCGGGGAAAUAUCGCUGGGUACUGUACGAGAUGUGGCCCUCGAUUGACCCCGUUAGCCAGCAGAAGGCGGUCCUAGUGUGCGAGCAGAACAUCUCCCAGGUUAAGGCGCUGGAGGAGCAGAUCAAGAAGCAAAACCAACGGCUGGAGGCGCAGUUGGAGGAGGCGCUGGCGCAGCGCGACCCCGUGCACAAGCCAGCCAUCGACAUUGACACGCCCGCAGACAAGACCCUCAAGCUCCUCGACAAAAUCAUGCGGGGGCACGAGGUGUCGGCGCGGGAAGCCAUUGAGCUGCGUGACGCCAUCAUCCAGGCGGGCGACCUGCGGCAGCCCGUCAACUUCAACGAGCAGCUCAUGAAGAACAGCCAGACGGUGCUGGACAGCGAAGUCAGCCAGAGCCUCAUCCAGCUGCUCAGCUCGCGGCGGCCAGCCAAGAUCAAGGAAGAGGAGGAGGAGGGCGAGGAGCACCCGGGGCCGGGGCUGGGGCACCCGGACCAGGACCUGCGGCACAUCUACGCUCGCAGCAACGUCACGCAGGACAGCGUGAAGGCACUGAUCGCCAUGCACAAAAACCUGCCCGACGAGGUGAUGGACGUGCUGGCAAAGGUGGACGACUGGCAGUUUGAUGCCUUCAAGCUGAACGAGGUCAGCGGCGGUCGGCCGCUCUCGCUGCUGUCGUACGCGCUGCUGAAGCGCUGCGAGGUGGCGGAUAAGUUCCAGAUGGACGACCACCGGCUGGUCAAGUUCCUCAUGCGGAUCGAGGACGGCUACCCCAACAACCCCUACCACAACCGCAUCCACGCCGCCGACGUGCUGCAGAGCUUGCACGUGCUGGUGGUGCGCGGCGGCCUCAUAGGCCACGGGUACUGCGACGAGGUCUCGCUCACGUCGUGCUACCUGUCGGCGAUCAUCCACGACUUCGAGCACAAGGGAGUCAACAACGACUACCUCAUCCGCGUGUCGGACGGCCUUGCCGUGCUGUACAACGACCGCUCGCCCAUGGAGAACCACCACUUGGCGGCCUCCUUCCAACUCAUGAACUCGGACGAAUACAACUUCCUGCGGAAGAUGCCCAACAAGCUGCGGGAGACGCUUCGCAAGCAGAUCAUUGAGAUGGUUCUGGCCACGGACAUGAAGCAGCACUUUGCCAUCCACAGCAUGUUCCAGGCGAAGAUGCAGCUCAACGGCUCGGUGCCCAGCGGCGGGAACGGCUCGGGCGGCAAGACGAUGCGCACGUCGCCGCACACCACCAACCAGGACGGGCACAAAGUGUUUGAUGAGGACCAGCGGAGCCUGGUGCUGCAGGUGGCCCUGAAGUGCGCGGAUCUGGGGCACUUGGCUAGUCCGCGCAUCGUGCACAAGAAGUGGGUGCAGUACCUGGAGGAGGAGUUCUUCCGGCAGGGCGACCGGGAGAAGCAGAACGGCCUCACGGUGUCGCCGCUCAUGGACAGGGAGAAGAACGGCAUCUCCAAGUCGCAGGUGGGCUUCUUCGACAUUGUGGCGCUGCCGCUGUUCCAGAGCUUCGCGCAGGCCUUCCAGGACGCCACGCCCAUGCUGGACGCGGUGAAGGACAACUACGCCAUGUGGCGCGACGAGGCCGCCUUGUUCGCGAAUGCAAACAGCGCACGCAGCAGCAAGUAAGGGGAGAGCGGAGGUGGAGGUGGACGCAGGGGCGGCGGCUCGCUUCUGGAAGGCCGCUCGCGCGUUCUUGCUGGUGUGGCUGGCGCAAUAACCAGUCGAAGUAACGCAUGUCAUGUGGGUGUUUCGGGCUUUUUGCAAAAAAGUUGUUGUCCGGCAGUGUAGGACAAGCUCGGCGAUCGCAGUGUAGGGUGUGUUCGCGGUGUUGUAGCACACGCAACUCACAAGCGCAAACACACACACACCCGUGUUGGGAAGCAGCAGGUUGCCGGCUUCUGCGCCGCUCUUUGGGUUUUGCCCACUAAGCACAAACAACACCUUUUGAGGCGAGCGGCGCUUUUGCUGAAGAGGUGGGUGAACACAAGGGCUGCGUGAGCAGGGUGUGGUUGCGCAGGUGCCUCGGGGUGCAUGGGGGCGGUGCUGUAGCAGACGUUUGGGUCACGGGGAUAGGGGGUGAUUGAUUGUGGAGGCAUUCGGCUGGAUUGUUUAGGCUUACUGUAGCAGCAACACUAGAUGCGAUGGCUGUGUCCUCUAAACGCGAGUGUGGGUGGUUCUGUGUUCUUGCUGGCAUGUCUAGUUGAUGACAACUGACAGGGCUUUGGGCGCAUACGGCACGGUGUUUUGUUGCUCGGUAGUGGUCUGGUCGGUGGUGGUAACAUGAUGAUGGUCGGUAUGUGUAGGGUGUAAGCGUGCGUGCGUUGUCGUCUCUUGAUGGACAAGGGGCAUUGGAGCCAACAGGCGUACGCGAAAGUUUGGCAGUGAUUGACCAAUUGCCUGAGGCACGUCGUCGUCCUCGUCGGCGUGAAGCUUCUUGUACUCUGCGAGACCGUAAAUGCGAGGUGCUGUUGUUUGUCAUGGACGUUGCCGCCGUUCAAAGAUGCAUGGUGUCCCUCACAUGGGCAGACCUUGUACGGCAGGGGCGCUGCUGCCCGUCUCUCUCUCAGCCGCGAAGCUGUGGGCAUGGAGAAGAAAACCCGCUGUGGCUACUGCGGCGUUGUUGUAUUGCGGCUGUACUUUGGCUGCUGGCUGCGGCGGUUUGUAGGCUACGUUGGUUCGCAGCUUACACGUGCAUGUGUGGUGGUGGUGGCUGGGAGAUGAUUUUGAAAGGAAAGCACGGUAGGAGGCGCAGGCGCGGGCUAGCUCCUAGCUGCUGCGCGCCAGCUAAUGGACGAGCCCCUCCAUGUCCUGAUGCGACGGACGGUGUUAUGUGCGUCGCCAUGCUUUUGUACCUUCGGUGUUGGAGUGGACACAGACGGACUCUGAGCGCAUGUGGGGUGUGGUGUUUGCUUCCGUGAACUGCACAUAAGCGGGCCACUUUUUUCGUGCGGAGCCCUCCCGCGCUCCCCCAACUGUGGUGUGGGCCUGUAGUAGGGACCCGGUUGGGAUUGCUGCUUUAAGGCUGUGUGCACUUUGAACGCAUCUGGCCAUUCUGGUGUCUCCUUUUGACAGCUGCUGUGAGACGGUUGGAAUGGUGUUAUCGGUUAUGUGGAAUGAAUAGUGGGGCCCGGAAGUAUGAGUAAUGGACGAGGUCAGCUUGUGUGCCGGGCUGGGGAUCGGAGAGAUAGGCAUGAUGGUGUGUUGCAUAUCUUGUAUCGCUGAGGUUGUGGUGGCCAGCU